CCGGGCUUAAAUGCAGCACACCGGAGCCUGUCACCGCUGUGUGGAAGGAGGCCCCGCGUCCGCGGUGGCACCGGAGGUCCCCGAGGGGUCUGGUGGCACGGUUUGGGCAGUGCGGGGAGGUACAGGGAGGCGGGGUUGAAGUGAGGGGUGGCUGCUGCGCGUUCGUGAUUUAUUCCCUUCGACUCAGGCCUUCACGAUGAGGAUGAUCGAGAGCGUUGACUCCGUGGUCGCCAGGUCCGGUGAAGACCUCUGGGCUGAGAUCUGCUCAUGCCUGCCCCAUCCUGAGCAGAAGGAUGCCAGCGAGGCUUUCACAGACUCCUUCAUGGAUUCCUACCCCAACGGAGGCGGCCAGGGCAGCGGAUCCAGUGGCUCUUCCCAAACGAACCCGAGGCCCUGGGCACCCUUGCAUGAUUCAGAGGUGUAUCUGGCAUCCCUAGAGCGAAGACUGAUGAGAAUCAAAGGCUUGUCUCAGGAGGUGACCUCUAAGGACAUGCUGCGCACUCUCUCCCAGGCUAAGAAGGAAUGUUGGGACAGGUUCCUGCAGGAGAAGUUUGAGUCGGAAUUCUAUGUAGAGGGGCACGACUCUGAUGAGAGCACACUGGAACAUCUGAAGCGAUGGCUGCAGCCCGAUAAAGUGGCCAUCAACACGGAGGAGGUGCAGUACCUCAUCCCUCCGGAGCCGCAGCCGGAGAAGCAGGAGAGUGAGGAGGACCCUCCAGCUGCAGAGCAGUGAGAUACACACCAGCCACACACAGAGCUCCUGCUCUGACCCUGCUGAAGUUGUACCCAGUGAUAGCGAUAACAGGAGAAGGGGGGAAAGUGCCAAUUAUCAGUCAUUUAAAUAACCCCAGCACUCAAACCCCAGCUCUGGCCCUGCGGAGGCAGUGACCACCCCUUGUUACGGUCAGGAGUGGGAGGCCUGUGCCACAGUGUACACAGAACUGAAUCUUUCUUACUCUGAUCUUCUGCCAGCCUGCAGCAAUCAAUCAUUCCAGUCUGAAUUGGUUGUGAUUCACCAGGAGACAUAUUAAACAAAAGCAAAGCAGUUGUUCAGAAGCAUCAGAAAACAUAAUGGUCCAGAACAGAAUAGCUCAAGCCACUGAGCUGUUUUGUCUUGUACCUUUUAAAUUACUCAGUUGGGCAGUGUGUUUCCUUUCUUGCAAGUCCAUUGUGGUGUUUCCCAUAGAUCUUCACUCUUUAAGCCUCAGCUGGCCUGGAGCUGUGCCUGGAGGAAGACAGAUACUUUUCACCUACAGGAAUUUGGAACCCUAGAGGAAGCUAUUGUUGCAUUGAAAGUGUCAUCGACAUUGUUGACAUUGUUGUGCCUGUUCAACAUUCCUCUCUAUGUAAACCCCCACCCACCACAUCCCGUUUUACCAGCCAAGCUCUGUAUUGCAGAACAGAUUGGAAGGGGGGUGGUUUUUUUCUCUUGUUGAUUGUUUUGUACUUGUUCUUUAUCUCCUUCAGCCUCUCCAAAAGAGGGUCAGGUGAGAUUCAGUAUUAAGAAACCACAAGUGAUAACCAGGGAAGCUGCCAAUACCUUGUUUGCAUCACAGACUUGUGUAGAAUUACCUGUCUUUAAAUAUAUUCUUCUAUUUCAUUGGGUUUCAUCCUGUUUAACCCCGCAGGGUAUUACUGUCCGCUGCUAAUCAAAGACUCUGUAAUCACG